UGGCAGGUGAUGUUCUUUCACAAUGGCUACUUGUGGGAAUUAAUAGGUGGGUCAGGUGCGCGCUGUUGUGUACAGUUGUGCUAGUCAGAGCUGUUGAGUGUGUACUUCAUUUAUAGAUACUAACGGAUUAGAACACAAUGGCGCCAGGAUUCUCGACACGAGCUGAAGGCUCUGGUUAGAACACAACUCCACGGAUUAGCCCACAGCUCGUGCCUCCUCCUCUGCAUGGAGUUCUUGAUCACAUGACCGAAAGUGGCCGAUUUGGGCUCGCGCAAAAGGAGAGCGUCCCCAAACACACACACACACAAAAAUAAUAAUAAUCAGCAUACACUUCCCAAAAUCCAAUUUUACUACAACUUUUAAUGACAUUUCCUUUCGGUUUGAUUGCAGAACUUUUUUUUUUUUAAACAUUUUUACGGAAUACAUUUUCGUUAUACUGGAAGAAUUUUGGCGCACGAAGUUUAAUAAGCGGCCGACAUGGAAAUUGGGAAGCUGGGACCGAGCGGCGGAAAAGCCACACAACGGAGAGCUUAUUCAGUUCUCUAACGCGGAAAAUAAGCGAUCUCGAGGGCAGACGUGGUGGAUUUUGACGACUUCUCGGGACGUUCUGCCUCUUGCUUGCUCUCCCGAGUAUUUGAUUCAAAGUUGAGGGGGCAAAAUGGCGGCCGAUUCCGUGCAGUGUAUUUUUGGAAGAUGAAGGAAAUAAUGCGAGCUCUAGUCGGAGGAAAAUGUUGGUUAUCGUGGGGUUUUUGACAGCAGAGCUCCACGCUGUCCCACCCAUGAGCUGUACUGGCUGAUUCUUUAUGGCUGAGGGUGAUGCUCAAAGUCACAUGGUUUCGGAUCGUCUGAGCCUGAUGGGUCUCAGCGUGGACCUGUCUGACACCAUGGUGCAGCAGAAGCUGGACGAGAUCAAGGACGAGAUCAAGCGUGAGCUCCGUAAAGAGCUCAAGAUCAAGGAAGGAGCGGAGAACCUGCGCAAAGCCACCACCGACAAGAAGAGCCUGGCUUACGUGGACAAUAUGCUGAAGAAGAGCAAUAAGAAGGUGGAGGAGCUGCACCAGGAGCUGCAGGAACUCAACGCCCAUAUAGUAGUCAAAGACCCUGACGAGCUUCGAGUUUCAGAGUGCCCUUUGACUCCAGACACUCCAUGCAGCACCAACAGCAGUCGCCUGGCCGCACUCAAGAAGCAGAACGACAUCGAGCUCAAAGUGAAGCAAGGUGCUGAGAAUAUGAUACAGAUGUACUCCAACGGUUCCUACAAGGAUCGUAAGCUACUUGCCAUGGCCCAGCAAAUGCUCCAGGACAGCAAGACCAAAAUCGAGUUCAUCCGGAUGCAGAUCCUCAAAGCGAGUCAGACCAAUGAGACGAGUUACGAGAACAAUGAAGUGCCUACAAACAAGUCUAUAAUCAGUCCUCUGGAUUUGCGGCUGGAGGAGCUGCGACAUCACUUCCGGAUCGAGUCUGCCGUGGCCGAGGGAGCCAAGAACGUCAUGAAGCUGCUCGGUUCAGGGAAAGUCACGGAGAAAAAAGCUCAUUCAGAGGCCCAGUCACGCUUUAACGAGUCGAGUCAGAAGCUGGACCUGCUGAGGUUUUCUCUGGAGCAGAGGCUGAGCGAGCUACCACAGAGCCACCCAAAGGCCAGCUUGAUCUCAGAUGAGCUCUUCAUGGCGGCGACGCCUCAGAGCCCACGCCAGAGCAUCAUCUCCUCUCACAACCAGUAUAGCACUGUGGCUAAACCAGCAGCUCUCACAGGAACAUUGGAGGUGAGGCUCAUGGGCUGUCAGGAUCUGCUGGAGAAUGUUCCAGGCCGGUCUAAAGCAGCAUCUGUGUCCCUGCCAGGCUGGAGCCCGAGUGAAACACGCUCCUCCUUCAUGAGCCGAACAAACAAGAACAAAUCAGGCAGCAGCAGAAACCUUUCCAAAGCGGACGAGCUGUCCAAUGAGAUCAGCGCUGUUCUGAAACUGGACAACACAGUUGUGGGGCAGACGAGCUGGAAACCAGUCAGCAAUCAGUCCUGGGACCAAAAAUUCACACUGGAGCUCGAUCGGUCUCGUGAGCUGGAGAUCUCUGUGUACUGGAGGGACUGGCGGGCUCUGUGUGCCGUCAAAUUCCUGAGGCUGGAGGACUUCCUGGACAACCAGCGUCAUGGCAUGUGCCUCUACCUGGAGCCUCAAGGAACUCUGUUUGCUGAGGUUACAUUUUUCAAUCCAGUCAUCGAGAGGCGACCAAAGCUACAAAGGCAAAAGAAAAUCUUCUCAAAACAGCAAGGUAAAACAUUCCUGCGUGCACCUCAGAUGAACAUCAACAUUGCCACAUGGGGGCGUUUGAUGAGAAGAGCAGUCCCAUCAGUCAACAAUUCCUUCAAUCCUCAGGUGACUGGGCUCGGAUCAGCGCUGAGCCCUGAAGCGGGAAUCCUCGGCCACCCUGACUCGCCGUCUCUGUCCAGUGAUACGACCGUGACCAAAUUAGACUUUGACAAAGGUGCCACCCCUCCUCCAAAACGCCACCCCACCCCUGCUGCUGAGCUCGAAGAAGAGGAAGAAGAACCACCAUCACAAGAAAAAAUCCCUGACGGAAAUGAGGUGCAGGAUGCAUUAGCCACAUUUGACUUCCUGAACGACAGCCGGAACAGUACGGUGUCCAAGCCGGAAUAUGGUAAUCAAGUGGAAGAGGAAAUUCAGCAGCCUGAUCUAGAGCUUACCGAGCAACACCAUAUUGAACCAAGGGAAGAGCUGGACGUCCAGUUCAGUCUCAAAGACUUUUCUUGUGUGGCUGUUCUGGGCCGUGGACACUUUGGAAAGGUCUUACUGGCAGAGUACAGGAGCACUGGGGAAAUGUUUGCCAUCAAAGCUCUGAAGAAAGGGGAUAUUGUUGCUCGUGAUGAAGUUGACAGUCUGAUGUGUGAGAAGAGGAUCUUCGAGACGGUCAACAGUGUCCGGCACCCGUUCCUGGUCAAUCUCUUUGCUUGCUUCCAGACCAAGGAGCAUGUGUGUUUUGUAAUGGAGUAUGCAGCAGGAGGAGACCUGAUGAUGCACAUCCAUGCUGACGUGUUCUCAGAGCCACGUGCAAUAUUCUAUGCUGCCUGUGUGGUCUUGGGUCUGCAGUUUCUGCACGAGCAUAAAAUAGUAUACAGGGACUUGAAGCUGGAUAACCUGUUGCUGGAUACUGAAGGAUAUGUAAAGAUUGCUGACUUUGGGCUCUGCAAAGAAGGAAUGGGCUUUAGAGAUCGCACGAGUACAUUCUGUGGCACUCCUGAGUUCUUGGCUCCUGAGGUCCUGACAGAAACUUCAUACACACGGGCCGUGGACUGGUGGGGUUUGGGUGUGCUUAUCUUUGAGAUGUUGGUUGGAGAGUCUCCAUUUCCAGGUGAUGAUGAAGAGGAGGUGUUCGAUAGUAUUGUCAACGAUGAAGUCCGUUACCCACGAUUCCUCUCCACAGAGGCGAUCUCCAUAAUGAGACGACUGUUGAGGAGAAAUCCCGAGCGGCGCCUCGGUGCAGGAGAGCGAGACGCUGAAGAAGUGAAGAAGCAUCCGUUUUUUAGAAACAUGGACUGGGCUGCCUUGUUGGCUAAGAAGACCCGGCCUCCGUUCAUCCCCACCAUUAAAGGACGGGAGGACGUUAGUAACUUUGAUGAUGAGUUCACUUCAGAGGUUCCGAUCCUGACCCCACCACGUGAGCCCAGAAUCCUGACCGCCUCAGAGCAGGAGCUCUUCAUAGACUUCGACUACAUUGCUGACUGGUGUUAGCUUUUCCAGCUGACCAUCAACAGCCCACACACACUCAAUACUGUGAAGCAAACGGACAAACGAGGCUCAUCGCCAGAGAACGUCUCUGUAAGGACCACUUCCCUCUCUCUGCUUUUAGCUGUGUUUUUUUGUUUGUUUGUUUUUUGCGCCCCCCCCCCCCCCCCCCCCCCCCCAAAAAAAAAAAAAAAAAAAAAAAGAGUACUGAAGUCUUCCAUGCAGCUGGAAAAGUCACGGUAACCCAACAUGGCGCUUUUUUUGUGGUCAAGAGCACUGGGAUUUCUCAUGAGUAGUCUCCACAUUUACAAGUUCUCUUCUUUAAUGAAGUCCUCUUUUGCUGGCUGUUCAGAGAAAACACUACAGAGCUUGUGUUCCAAGCUAAUAAUGCGUUCAUUUUCUAAAGAAGAAAAAAAAACACAAAGUCUAACCGAGUGAAACACUACAAAGACUUGUUUUUUGAAGCUCAUGGACAAUCCCCACUUUACAACACUUAUCUUUUAAUCCGCAUAUUUAUUUAGUGUCUUCCUCCCCAUGGUGCCUUAAACUCAUCACAGAUAGAGGACUUCCAGAAAGUCAGCAUCAGGUACUGAAAACCUCCAGCACAGCACACACCGCCAAACCAGUUCAUUAUGCAAUCUGAGGAGUCCUUGGCCAAGACCACCCAACAGACCAACUUCAGUCUUGACUUAAAGAUGAAAAAAUUUCAUCUUUGGUGGUUUUCAGACUUAAUUUCCACUUAAAUAUGUAUUCGUAUCAUUACUGAAAAAAGUGUAACUUAUAGUUUUAUAUUAUAUUUUUAGGAAAUUAGCAUCUUGGAUCUGCUGUAUGGUAUGCAUAUGUGUGUGUUUUUUUUUGUUUUGUUUUUUAACUAUAUGAAUUUUAUGGUUAUCAUUAAGGAGAGGGCAGCUCAAAUCACAGAGCAAUCAUAAACCUGACAAAUGGAAUGUAAAAAUGUAUAUUCAUCAAAAAGAACACAAAAGUGUAUAUUUUUGGCACAUGGACCUGCCAAAGCAGCCUGUAUUUUUAAUAGUCUGUUUUUAAAAUGAUGAUCAUAGGGACUCUUCCAGAUCGUUCCUGACGUUCGGUCAAAGAUGUUUUCACACAGUUUGUUGUUCUGUGUGCCAAGCAAUAAUCCUGUUUUGAAAAUCAGGAAGUGGACAUUUGGGCAUUGCCCGACGUUCCUCAUAGAUGAAAUCCCUGGAUACAAGUGUCUAAUCCAUGGACCGCUAACAUGCAACAGACUCUUCCCCUCUGUCAGAAGAAGCUCUUAUAGACUCUUGCCAAUGAUUUCACUCUGUGUAUCACCAACCCUUUUUCAAAUACACUCUGUACCCACAA